CUAAUGCAAGAUUCAUGCUUGGUCUGUCUCUCCUUACACUCCUGGGAUGCUGGUGCAGGCUCCCCAUUCCAGCAAGGGUGCCCGGGAAGGGGCAGCGGGCUCCGCUGUGGCCGCUCAGCAGUCUACCUGCUCGUCCAUCACCACUGUUGGCGUCCUUCGUUAACAGCGGGGGGCUUGCACUGUAUCAGCUUUCGUUUGGAAAUUUCAUUUUCAUUUGAGAAUUUGCUAAUUCUUUUCCAGGUGCACAGAGCAAAACAGAGUAACUCGCCCAGUGUUAAGGGGAAGAGGAACUGCAGCCCAGCAAAACGGGACCCCUCCAGUGGGGCGACCGCUGGCCUUCUUGGAUAAACCAAAGGAAAUAGGCUCCGUCCUCCGUGGUCCCUUUGGAGAAAACCAAAGCCUGAGACAAGCGCGGGGGCGGGAGGGGUUUGUGAUGGUGCAGGAUACCAUGUUGACAGUGAUUUGCGCAGCAUGCGAGAGGCCAGCUCUGCUCUGAAAAACGAGACCUGAAUGAAUAAAAGAUGGGCUCUCUCCUAGGAACUGACAGCUCAGCCCAGCCCUCCAGGUGGUGGGAGCCAGCCCCAGCCCUGUGUGCGGGGACGGACUCCCAUCCUCUGCAGGCUUUUAAGGGCAGGAUCCCCCCGCCACCGGUUCACGAGGUCCUCUGCAGGGCGGGCGCUUUGGCAGGGGCACGGGGAGCCCCGCUGUGUGGUGUGGGACUAUGGAGGGAAACUUGCACCUCCUCCAAAUCAUCCGCAAGAUGCGUUCCCAAAUCAAUACGCUGGAGAGGGAAAACAGAGCCCUGAGGGGAGAACUGCAGGCCUGUGGGCAGAGACCUGUGCCACCAGUGAGAGAGGCAGCAGGAGAAGGUGGGAACAGCAACGUGAGGAGCCUCACCAGUGAUGGGGAAGGACCAGCUGUCUCUCCAGCAUCCCUGCAUGGAAGCAUCGUGGCUGUUCCCGCUCCGGCACCAAAGGAGCAGACAGGUACCAAAGAGCCAGGGCUGUCCAUGGCACCUGUGUGUGCUGCCCAUGCAGGAUCUCCCAGCCCAGCUGUUAUGUGUCCGCAGGGAAUGGGAGACGAGCCACUGCCUGCCUACCUCCGGGGGAUGUCCUGGCCACGGAGAAAUGCGCCUACAAGUUUUGACAGAGACAAGUCCGUGAAAAUGUAUGAGAUGAGAGGUGGAAGAGCACUAGUGGACUUACGUGAAGCUAGACGAGUGCUGCCAGAUACCACCAUGACCGUGCGGCGCUACACCAUGGCAUCAGCGGUGCCUGCUCCUUCCAGCGCGAGGGCUCCCCGGGCCGGCAAGAGGGCUCCGAGCCGCAGGCUCCCGGCCACACCAGGCAGUGCCUGGCCACCAGCCCCUCCUGCUGCCACGUACCUCACCGGCAGACAGGAGGAAGGGCUUGAAAAAAUGCCAGCCAGCUGUCUUUCAUACAGUCGUUCCAGUCAAAUGAAGCUGUUCCAGCAGCAUGUCUAUAAGUGCAGAGGUAAAGUAAAGGCUGUUAGUUUCCUCUUACCGAUGGAUAUAUCGUCAUACGCUGCGAAGCAAGGUUCCCUCAAAAGCCCACAAAAUCAGAACACAACAGUUAACCACCAUCGCUGAGAAGGAUACGUGAGCUGGUGAAUUUUUAAAGGCCCAUCGAUUCUCAAGAUCAAUUGGCCUUAAAUGAUAGCUGUGUGUCAGGUUCCUUUCCUGCAAAAUGCUUUGGCAGGAUGCCUGCCAAGAACCACCUGGGUGUCGGGUCACUGGCCCCAUGUUUAGCAUGGAAAUGGAAGCCACAACAUAGCCAUCCGGAAGCCCAAGCAACGUGAUGAAGCCACACGAUAGCAAAGGUGCCUCCAUAAAGCAGCUUUGCAGAGAUUUAGAGUACGCAACAUGCCUCAAGGAUCCCUCAACUUAGGACUGCUGUGAACAGGGUGUUGAAGCUGGGUUUGAUGUGUUUGUCACAAAAAGUGGGAACCAUGUCACUGCUUGCAUUUGCCGAUUCCCUCGCCAGAAAAGUAUUUGAUGCAAACAACAAAAUAAGAGCUAUUAAAGAGCCAUUAAAGAGCCUGUGAGGUUUUCUCCAUAUGUAAAACUUUAAAACUUCACAGUGCUAACACAGCAGAGUUAAGAAGGUGUUACAGAGCCAGUUAAUGCUACUCUAAAUCUCUGCAAAGCUUGGCAAUGGCUGUUCAUGCACGUGUGGGGUUUGCCUCUAAGGGAGCGCAGUGGAGGGUAAAGAAUAACCAGUAUGGAAGCGCGACUACAAAUCUGUUUCCAACUUGGCGUGUUCAUCCAGCCCAAGACUAAAGGAUGUACACCAUGUUAAAAUAGGAAGAACUGUGAAUAUCAGAAUUUUCCAGGAAUGGCUUCUCAGCACAGCUCAGAUCAAAAAUCAUCAGCAGAAAUUCAGCUAACAGGUGCAAAAUCAAUGUGAGCAAGAACUACAAGCAGCUUGUAAAAAAUUAGGAGUGCUUGUUAGUUCUAGUCAUAUGAGUAAAGAUAGUGUCCCACAUGUUUGUUUUGAUUACAAGUAUUUAUGGAACCAAAAUACUGCACGUUGCUAUUUCUUUAUGUACAUGAAGCACUGAUGAUUGAAUAUUGUAGAAAGAAUGCAUGAAAAGAUGUUUCUACUGAUAACUUUAAGGAAGAUUUUCAUCUCAUUGUCUACACAAACUCUUGAGCCUUCAAAAGUGAAAGCAGAGACCUGCUGGAAAAAAAAAAUCCCUUCUGGAUUUUCUGUGAUGUUAUACACUUGUAUAAAAAUCUGUGCUUCUUUUUCAUUUUGAAAUUCACCAUGUUUUGUAUAUUCAAGUACAUUUUUAAUACAUUCUCACCAGUGAAGUAAUGAUUUCAAUGUCACUGCUAUUUUAUUUGUAGAUUUUUAUUUUCAGCU